UGCAUCUACGAGUGAUACAAAGUCACUGGUUACAGUGGGAGCGACAGUCUUCGAUUCAACCACAAAGCGAUGGGCGUGCGAUUUAAGACUGAUAUCUCCCCUAGACAGAGAUACUAGCCCUCCUGUGAGAAAAUUAUACUUUGACUUAAAGGAUACAUUUCCAUUCACAAUAUCAGUUACCCUUACUUUGAUCAUCAAUGACAUAAACGAUAACCCACCUACAUUCGUGGAUCUUCCUUACAGAUUCUCCCUACCAGAGAACACAAUUGUGGGAACGUCAGUAUACAAAGUUACCGCUACUGACCCGGACUCCAACAGCGGACGCAUUCCAAAUUAUUUUAUAGAGGCAGUGAGUGGAAACUACAAUCAUACAUUUGAAGUGAAUAAACAAACAGGUCAGAUUACGCUUAACAAGAGUUUGGACUACGAAAAUCUCUCGUUUUAUCACUACAAUGUAUCAGCAAAGGAUGAAGGUAACCCAACCUGUCCAGGUGUGAGCUGUGUUUGUGACAAAAACAGUAAUUUCAACAACCCCACCUGUGACCCUGGACCAGUUGACCUUUUCAUCACUAUCAUCGAUGUCCAGGACACGCCCCCUGUGUUUUCCAAAUUGCCAUAUAUGGCGACAGUUGCAGAAAAUGCCACUUUGGGGCAGUCUAUCUUCCAAGUUUCUGCUGUAGAUGGUGACCGGGGCGUGAGCCAGCCAAAUCAUAUUCAGUACACCCUCAGUGGAGCAGACAGCUCACAGUUUGCAAUUGGUUCCUCUGACGGUAUCAUCAGGGUUAAGGAAGUUUUGGACGCGGACAAGGAAGAAGUCAGGAAUAAAGGGGGCUUGUACUCGUUUGCUGUUAUUGCAACAGAGGAAUCCGGGAAUUCGACAGAAAACCCAAACAAUAGAACAGAAACUCCGAUAUCAGUGACAGUCACAGACAUCAACGACAACCCACCAAAGUUUAAUGCAAAUAAUUAUAGUGCCAGUGUCCAGGAAAACACACCAAAAGGAGUUCCAAUCACCAUUACAUCAAGCAUUGAAGUGGUAGAUAUUGAUCAGGAUGUCAACAGUCGGUUCUGGGUAUACCUGGAGAAGGACGAUAACCCUUACAAUGACUUUGAUACCUUGCCUGCAGCUAAUGUGGUCAUUCAGGGGAGAUCAACUAUCACAAUUAGAGUGUUUAAUUCUUCUGUUCUUGAUUAUGAAACAACAAAGAAUCUGACAUUCCAGCUCAUAGCCAAAGAAAACAAUUCCAACCCCAACAUAACAAGUUCAUCAGUGGCAACAGUAACCCUAACCAUCUUGGACGUCAACGACAACAGUCCCCAGUUCCCCGACCAGCCCAGAGCAUUCAACGUUUCCGAAGACGCUCCUCUUGGUCACGUGAUAGCAACCAUCACCGCCACGGACGCCGAUUCUGGGGAUUUCGGGCAGAUUGUGUUUAGUCUCGAGGACAACGGGCUUGAUGGAACCUUCAACAUCAGUGAGCAGGGCGUGAUCACAUUGGCUCAACCCCUGGACUGGGAGGAGCGUAAGUCCUACACCCUUGCUGUCAUCUCAUCGGACAGUCCUCAGAACCAAGACCAACACAGACAGUCGACUUUCCGCAUUCAAGUCAAUGUCCUGGACGUCAAUGACAAUGCACCCAACUGGGCACAGUAUGUGGAGUAUGUUACUGUCCUGGAGAGAAGCGCUGUUGGCACAAAACUGACCGUUCUGAAAGCUACUGACCUCGACGGUGGAUUGAAUGGUCAGAUCAAGUACUCCAUUGUUGCUGGCACUAAUGGUUCCAUGCUCUUUGAUGUGAAUACAACAAAAGAGGAGUUCGCAGAGAUCUACAUCCAACAAUCACUGAUUGAUAACGUUGGUCUCCAUAUCCUGACAGUCAUGGCUGAAGAUCAGGGGACACCACCGUUAAAUUCUACUCUGAAUCUAUCAAUAUUUGUGAUUGAUGAGAAUCAACAUUAUCCAAUAUUUGUUGACCCAGACCAGACCAAGUUCAACACGAGUGCUGGGCAGUGGCCCGAAAUAAGAAUACCCGAAGAACAACCGUUUGGGUCAGCCUUGUAUACGCUGAAUGCUACAGACAGGGACACAGGGGAGAACGGAAAGGUUGAAUACCUUCUCAACCCCUCGAGUAACAAGGAUGACGAGUACUUCACCGUGGACAGGUCCAGUGGGACACUGAGAUCUGUGCGUCGGCUGGACAGAGACACCAAGGAUACAUAUGAGAUCCAAGUGACAGCAAAAGACAAUGGCCAGCCUGUUGCACUGAUGACACAGUUAUCAGUAAGAAUCAUCCUACUAGACAUCAAUGACAACCAGCCCACCUACAAGAGAAGCGAUAUGCCACAAAAGCUUCAGGUUGUUGAGGAAAGCAAUAAUGCUGUUAUUGGCCAGUUGGUUGAAGCUACAGAUAUAGAUGAGGCUCCAAACAACAUAAACUGUUAUUAUUUGUAUGGAGGAGAUCAUUUGUCAGGUCUACAGCUGGAUAAAAAGACCAGAAGCCUGUCACUGACAACAAAAGUGGACAGAGAAAUCACAUCUGAAUUAAACAUCGUCAUUAAAGCAUCAGAGAACUGCAAUCUUACAAGUGACUUUUUCAUCUCGAACCCCAGCAAAGCUAAUGCAACAUUCACUGCUGCUCUAGCUGAUGAUCCACCACCAGAGUAUAACUCCUCCGAUGACUCUUUGCUGUGGGUCAAGGUGGCAGUAAUUGACAUUAAUGACAACCCUCCAAAGUUUACCAGCCCAGAAUUGGCAGCAAGUGUCAUUUACGAUGUUGAAAUUGGAACUAAGGUUAUGUCUUUGGCUGACAAUAUAACAGACAAGGACACACCAGACAACAGAAAGAACAAGUUCAGACUUCUUAACUUCACCUCCGUUCUGCAAGCUGGGGACGCCAUUGACACAUCAAAACCGCCAUUUGUUGUCUCUAACAACGGCAGUGUCAACACCAACAUGUUGUUUCAGAAAGAAAUCCUCGGUCAUUUCCUUUUGUACGUGCUGACGUAUGAUGAUGAUGGUUUGAAUGACACGGCUAGUAUCAAAGUGACCCUAAUUUCGUCCAGUGAUCGCUUGCUGUUAGUAUUUAACAAACAAGUCAACGAAGUGGAACAGCUGAAGGCUAACAUUGUCAAGCAGCUCUCAGACAUACUCAACAUUAACAUAAUGAUGGACAAGAUUCAAGGCCACGUCAGCCUGGGCGGAACCAGCGACCCUAGCAAAACCGAUGCUUACAUACACGGACGAUACCGCAGUAAUGGAAAGAUAGUUCCAGCCACAGAGCUGAGACGGCUAAUUGACUUGAGCUUGGACGCUACCGGCUUGUUGAAUUCAAAUGGUGUCAUUGAAACGCAGACAAUGGUGGGAGAUAAGCCAGGAGAUCCAAAGGAAGAGUUACAGAAGGUCUUUAUUAUUGUAGCAGUGAUACUGGCGGUGAUUGUGGUGUCACUGUUCUUGGUCCUCUUGUAUAUGAUCAAUUUAUACCGCAGACGACUUUCAGCUGCAACUACAUCGGCAUAUGCCCCACCACAGGAGAAAGACACUAUUGAGCACCCAGGGACCAACAAAUAUUUUGCUUCGGAAAAUCCACUGUUUGGUAGAGAAAUUAAAGCUUUUGAUCACCCGGAUGUUGAUGAUAAUGAUGAUGGUGAUGUUUCAAGCCAUAACUCUCUGGACCUGAAUGGAGUAGACCCAGCUGUUCCAUACAAAAGUUCACAGCCUGCAGAAGCUGACGAAGAACAAGAGAUGUCCAUGCAGAUUGGAGACGGUGUUCUUCCUGUAGCUCCCUUUAAUCGUAGCUCUAACCUCGACAACGUGUUGCAAGCCUACACCAAUCAAGCAUACACACAUGAUAAUGAUGAUAUUGAUGGUCAUUACAGUCAUCUAGACACGAAGAACAUGGCGCCAAUUUCUAAGGGAGAGGACUCAAAGCAAGGGCAACAAUUCAGUGAUAACGACCUCUACGAUGAGAUUUACAAGUCUCGUGUAUCUGACUUUCAUUUAGAAUAUUCAGAGAUCUAA